AUGCUCACUGAAAUUGAAGAUGUUGUCAACCUCAAGAUAUUGAUUGAAGAAGUUCGGCUUGAUCAAGACGCCACCACGCCGUCGGUCCGCCUGCGCCACCGCGCCACGCCGAGCUACCCGCCGGGCCGCCGCGGAGAAGAACGGAGGAGGAGGAGCCGCAAAGUUGACCUACCCGACGAGUACCCGCGCCGAGCCACCACGACGCUGCGCUUCUUGCCCAGCUCCGUGCCCCCGAACAAAUCCUACUACUCGACGGCGAUCAUGGCGAAGGACGCCUUGGCCUUGAUGGAUCAUUUGGGGUGGAAGAAAGCACAUGUCUUUGGCCACUCUAUGGGAAUGUGUCAAGGGCAUAUCUUCAACAGGAAUGCAAUCUAAUUGUGGUCUUGAAGGGCAAGUUAAUGCAUGCUGGACUCACAACAUGAUGACUACAAAAGAAUUAGAGACAAUACGCUCCGCUGGUUUUCUAAUUUUAGUUAUUCAUGGAAGGUUAGUUUCUCUAACAGCAGAUAUUAUAUUCAGAGAAUGGUACCAUUUCACUUGACUUACAUAAUAUGCACGUACGAUAUAAUUGCACAAUUGUGCAAUGCAAAACAUCUAGCAAAAAGGCUUCUUUCUACUGCUAGAAUGGUACAACUUCAUGGUGCAGCUCGUCUAUCUUGCCGCUUGCCGAGCCCUCAGUUGUAGCCAUGUAUGUCCCCUUCUACCCACCACUGUCUAUUAAGAGCACAUAUGCACAGCAAGUGUUCGCUAUUUUGCCUCUAUGAGAUCAUUGCUCAGUUUGAACCUGGAACAUAUGUACAAAUGACUGCUAUUAUAUUCAUCACCUACAAAUGGAUAUGGACCAUUCCAUUAGCUUAAAUGAUACAUACAGUGUGUAUAUAGUUUUAUCGACUCAUAAAUACUUUUAACCGCCAACUCUGGUCUCCACAACUUUGGAUUAUUUAUUAUCUGGGUUGAUAAUUUUACUUUUAGAAGUAUUGAGGGUAUGACACAAAUGAAAAUUAACUGAACAAUGAUUAGUUUAAUAUUUUGAUCUCAGUUGAACAAAGGUUAAUUUGGUGUCCAUAUGGUAAACCGCAAUGGUCUCCUUGCAAAAGUCAUACCGUGUACGCAAAGGACGGUAUACAUUCGCCGCCUUAUGAUUCAGAUACGUCGUGUUUUCGAUCAUCUGUGCAUUAUGCUGGGCGAGGUUAUUUCUACGGUACCUCUACAACCAAGAAAGCAACUGAAUUCUCCACUGACGGUAUGCAUUAGAACUCUUGUAAUUUCUCUGCACUCCUACAAGGCUUUGAAUUUAACAGGUGUGUUGCUAUACUC